UAAAGUGCAAAAAAAAAUGUGGUUGCCGCAAUAAGGAAAUGGAAACUUGUUAAAGAAGAAGUUAAAUUUUUUUUGUAUCGUAUCUUCACAGGGUGGUGAUGGAGGUGACAAGACAAAUUCUAAGAAACAAAUUGUCAUGAAGUCAAACGAGUGGAAAUUCAGGAGUCGUGCACCUAUUUCAGCAAAAUUAGUAGCAAAUAUGCUAUCAGUAGCAGGAGCUGAUCAUAUUAUUACAAUGGAUUUGCAUGCUAGUCAAAUACAGGGAUUUUUUGAUAUUCCAGUUGACAAUUUAUUUGCUGAACCAGCUGUUUUAAAAUGGAUUAAAGAAAAUAUUAUAGAAUGGCGAAAUAGCAUUAUUGUUUCGCCAGAUGCUGGUGGUGCUAAAAGGGUAACAUCAAUCGCUGAUCGAUUAAAUGUUGAAUUUGCUCUUAUACAUAAAGAAAGAAAGAAGGCGAAUGAGGUGGCUAGUAUGGUAUUAGUUGGAGAUGUAAAAGACAGAGUUGCUAUUCUAGUAGAUGAUAUGGCCGACACUUGUGGGACUAUUUGUCAUGCAGCAGAAAAACUUUUAGAAGCUGGAGCAACAAAAGUAUAUGCAAUUUUAACACAUGGCAUUUUCAGUGGCCCAGCAAUUAGUAGAAUUAAUAAUGCCUGUUUUGAAGCUGUGGUAGUAACAAAUACUAUUCCUCAAGAUGGUCACAUGAAGGAUUGUCCAAAAAUACAGUGCAUUGAUGUAUCAAUGAUGUUUGCUGAGGCUGUAAGGCGGACUCACAACGGUGAAUCUGUAUCGUACCUGUUUUCAAAUGUACCGUAUUAAAUACAAAUCUUCCUGAUAAUGUACUCGUUUAAAUUAUGUAAGAAGAAUGUAAUCUUUUUACAUCCAUUUACUGUUAUUCUUAGUUUAGUUAAACUUAUUUGUCUUAGGAGUAAAUUUGGGAUAAGCACCAAUAUCCCGUUUUUAAUUUGAAAACCAUAUGUAUUUUUUUCUUUAAUAGACGUGUGUAGGAGACAUUAGAUGCAUACUAUACUCUCCAUUUUAAAAGAAAAGUAAGUUAAUAAGUAAUAGAUGCAAACAACAAGCUUCAGAGUAAAAUUUUUUAAAAAUUAAUUAAAUUUUCGCUAAAUUGCCACUUCAUAUGUAGAAUAUAUCCAUAUAGAAUAUAUAAUUAUUCUAUUCUUCUAUAAUUUAAUUUGAUUAAUUAUUACGAUAUGAAAUAACAUUAUCGUGGCAAUUAUAUGAGACUGGGGAUAAAAAGUAUUGUAAUAAAUGCAAACAGACAUUCAUACCAUAUGGCGAUAUAACUACGUCAUAAAGGCAUAUUUCAUUUUUUACUGUUACGUAUAAAAAAUUUCCAAUAU